AUGGAUAUAAAACGCUCGCCGGUGUACUAUGAAGACUUUCCGGCCCAUGAUAGUAUAUAUGCUGCAUCCGGCCAGGAUGGAUUAAAUACAGCUACUACCAUCAGUCACACGGCUGGAAGCAGAAGUGGGAGAGUUGAAGUCGAAGCCAGCGCCGGGGGUCAUGGCUUCAUCGGCCACAAUUACUCCGGACAUAGUAUGAACCUGAACACGCAAAGGAGGGACGAUGCCGAUGGUGAUGGCGAGUACGAUUAUGGCGUUGCGAGCUACGGCACCAAUGGUGGCAACUAUGCCGAAGGCGAUUCGGCGAACAUGUCAGCUAGGGGCAGAAGCAAACCCGGACAAGGGGAGCAGCUGCCUCGCAUAAGCCACCCCAGUAACAGCAGCAACAGCAACGACAACAAUUCUGCGACCCAAAGCGUCAGCAGUGUCAGUAGCAGUAAUGGGUAUGUUUCUGCGACGCCCGGUGGUGGCAAUUCUUUUAGCUACAACGGAAGCAGUACAGAAAACGGCUAUAGAAAUGGCAGUUCUGAACUUCCAGACACCAAUGCCAACGACGACAGCUCGCCUACGGAGCCAACUGCCGCAGCAGCUGGUGGUCGCAGGGUGACGCGGCCGCUAUUGUCCAAGAAGAACACCGGAUCUUCGUCCCUGAUGUCGAUCCCGAACAUUGCCGAUCGCGGCAUCCUCAAUGCGAAAAACGAAUCUCAAGGCUCCGUCGCCCUCUCCACGGGACUGCUUGCCAAUGCUCCUUACUCCGGAUCCACUGCAUCAAACGUCUUUGGAAUUGGGUCUGAGCAUCCCUUUGCCAACUAUUGGACCUGCGAGGGCGGGUUGCCCGAGGUCAUCUCCGUCUUGCCUGACAAAGGGCAGUGCGACAUGCUUCUCGUUCGCUACCUUGAAUGUGUGGACCCCGUCUAUCCCAUGAUUGACAGGCGAUAUUUCUACCACGACCUAGAGCAGUUCUGGGCGCUAGGACCGGACGACAGAGCUCGUGUUGAUCCUGCCUUCGUUGGCGUGCUCUUCGCUAUGCUCGCCAUAGGCACUCAAUUUGUCACCGCUACUACAUAUAGCGAACGAAAGCAAACUUCGGAGUUUUACGCGUCAGCAAGCAACCAGGCGUUACGUAUUAGCUGCUACCUCAGUUCUGCCUCUAUCCGCUCUAUUCAGGCUAUGGUCUUGGUUACCUACUUUCUCAUCAACGACAACCAUGCUUCUGAUGGCUGGGCAUUUGCCGGCAUUCUUAUGCGACAGGCUUGUGCCAUGGGCCUGCACCGGGAUCCGAAUAUAGUGGCCCCAAAUGCAAGUCCAUAUGAGAAGCAGCAACGCCGGAAGCUGUGGCAGGCAGUUCUGUUGCAAGACACCUUCCUGACUAUUCUUCUGUCGCUUCCACCAACAGCAACACACACGGACGUCAAUGUGGAAGAGCUAGAGGAGGAAGAGAGCGUGGAUCCGAAUUACGAUACCAGCGUGACUGAUACGGCCUAUAUUAGAGGCUCCUGGACUCUGGCAAACUUGGUCCAAGAAGUCAUAAGUAGCCCACGGUCGCUUGACGUUCCGAUCUGCACCACGACACGCCACAAGUCUAAGCUGGUCGCGGACUUUCGAGCGAUAUACCGCAGCUUUCCGGACAUUUUCCGCAGCUGGGAUCCAGAAUCGCUGACCCAACUUUCUCGAACCAACAAGCGGGUUGUGCGCCAGACGUUGUUUCUGAGCAGCAACUACUUCCACAACCUGAUGUUGGUGCAUGCAUCUGAGUCUCCCGACGUGCCUGUCAACGUGCGCGGUACUCUCGAGGCGGCACACGACGCCAUCACGUCAUUUUUCGUGCUCUUCAAGCUCUUUCGAGACGAGGCCAGAGUCUGGUGGGUGUUCAACCACCGUGCCUUUUUGGAGGCCUUGUGCAUAGGCGGUGUCUUGAAAGAGGCCGUUUACAAGAACGAAAAUGGGACUGCAGGUGUUGCAAAGGACCCGUUAUACGCACGCGCCAGAGCGGACAUCGCCAAAAGGCCCGGCAGUCCGGCAGCAGUCCACCAGCAAGCAGCCCACCGGCAGCCCACCUACGGAGUAGACAAAAACGCGCACAGGCACAUGUACGCAAGAGAAUACAAGCAGAUGAUUAUUCGGACGCCGGUUCCGUCGGCAGCGGCGGCGUCAGCUGGGAUCGCCACAGCUGCACCGUGGCGCGCGCUCUUUCUGGAACACCUGGCGCAGAUGCCAGCACCGUUGGGUGCCGUCAGCACUCUACACCCCGGCGAGGCGACAGUGACGCCGCGGGUUCGCCACUGUGUGUGUCGUGGGCUGUGGGCGUCUCUGCCGGACAAUGCGCGCAACCCGGCGCGACGCAACCCUGCGGGCGUCUACGAGAGCGACCUGCCCGUGUUCACGACGGACGCGCGCAUGGCCAAAGCAUGGGAGCUGUCCGCAUCAGCGCCAGCGUCCACAUCAGUGCCAGCAGGAAGCGGCCACGGUGGCGGGCCGGUCGAGGCGGUGUGGUGGUCUGGGGCAGCCGGGACGCAGUGGCGGGUGCGCGGACGGGCCUGGCUGCUGGGGCCGGACGCGGAGGAUGCAGGCGGAGCUGUGGCACGAGCGGCCAUCAGCCAGCGGAUGCGUCGUGUGGCAGGAGAGGGAGGAGAAGACGACUGGAGCUGGGCGCGAGAGGUGACAGGGCAUUUUGGCAACAUGAGUCCCGGUAUGCGAGGCAGCUUCCGGAAUCCGGCUCCGGGCACGGCACGAUUGGACGAGGACAGGGGACUGGGCAAGCCGGUGGACGAUGACGACCUGGAAAACGCAGAGGCGCGGGCCAACUUCCGGGUGUGCGUGAUCGUGCCGGAGGAGGUGGACCAGACGGACCUGUCGCGCGGAGACGAUCCACGGCGAUGGCUGUAUACGUACGUGGGAGCGGGGGGUCAGGCGGUGCACAAGGGCGGCGUGGUGGAGGGGGCGUGGGAGAAGCUGGAGGUAUGGCCGUGA